UUGUGAGUUAAGUUAACGCUCAUCCUCAGCUCGCGCACGACGUGUUUCUGCUCCAACGGAAGUCGCGUUAUCUUCAGGUCCUUUUAGAGAGCAACAAUCUCACAUCUCCUCAGACUUAACUUUUCUCUUCUACAUCCUCGUCUCCAGCUCAACAUGUCCACCGGCUCCAUCAGCGAUGUGGAUGAAUUUCACGAGUCCGAGCUGCUGGAUGGUCUUUUUAAAUUCGGUUCCGGCAAAGAUACAGGGACAUCAAAUGAGAGCACGGAGGACAGUUCCAACUGCGAAGGGGCAUCGGUUACAGAAUGUACGGGGAAAAGGCGCAAAUCAGCCGCCAUGCGUAAAUCGGCGCCCAAUGGUGUGGCCCAAGAGGGCAAGCAGGUCCAGAGGAACGCGGCGAACGCGCGCGAGAGGGCGAGGAUGCGCGUGCUGAGCAAAGCUUUCUCCCGGUUGAAGACGACGUUACCGUGGGUUCCCCCAGACACCAAACUCUCCAAGCUGGACACGCUACGGCUGGCCUCCAGCUACAUCGCGCACCUGCGACAGAUACUCGCCAACGACAAAUACGAGAGUGGCUACAUACAUCCAGUCAACCUGACGUGGCCAUUUAUGGUGGCAGGCAAACCAGAAAAUGAACUUAAAGAAAUGCUGAAUACUACACGUUUAUGUGGGACUACAGCUUCCUGAGACAGCAGAUGGACUUAAAAAUGGACCUAUUUUAAAUAUUUUAAUUAAAAAAAAAAGAAUAAUAACACGUCAUCUCCUAUCUAAACACACGAGUGGGAAUAACUGGGGACAACAUCCUCACUCGCAUUCCUGUAAAGAGAAAUUGAUAUCUAUUUAAAUAUUCACACGUGGGCCUUGCUGGUUCAAGGCAACAAUGUGUGAUUUUAUGCAACUGUUUUUAUUAAGAUUCUGUCAUCACAUUUUUUAUUAAAAACACGGGAAAUCAUUAUACAUAAGGCUUUGGUGACGCAGUGUCAUAACGUCACGCGCCUUUGCUGUUGGCAUUAGAAUAAUUGUAAAUAAAUAUGUUAUAGAUUCAA